CAACGCCAACGGCUACUUUUUUUACCCCUUCUCCCCCUGUAUAUAUAAACAGAGCAACACACAGAAACCUGAUCACCAUUCUCUCUCUCUCUCUCUCUCUCUCUCUCUCUCUCUCUCUCUCUCUCUCUCUGAAAACACUAGUUUUUUAGCUCAGUGUGGCCAUGGCUGCUUUUGCAAGGGCCUCACUGGUACUGGUUUUGCUCUGCUUGGUGAGCUCAUCAGAGGGUAGAGAGAUCUUGGUAGGCGGGAAAACAGACGCAUGGGAAAUCCCUAAUCCCUCACAAUCUGAUUCUCUCAAUCAAUGGUCUGAAAAUUCUCGCUUCCAAAUCGGGGACACUCUCGUGUGGAAGUACAACAGCAGCCAGGACUCAGUGCUACAAGUGAGCAAGAGAGACUACGUGACAUGCAACACUAGCAGCCCAAUUGAGGAGUACAAGGACGGAAACACAAAGGUGAAUCUGGACCAUUCAGGGCCCUACUACUUCAUCAGUGGGGCCCAGGGCCACUGCCAAAAGGGCCAGAAGCUGAUUGUGGUCGUCCUGUCUUCAAACCACAGCAGGCAUUUCGGUAUGGCUCCGGCACCGUCUCCGGUCGAGUUCGAUGGUCCGGCCGUCGCACCGACAAGCGGCUCCGCCGGGUUUGGGGGUGGUUUGGCUGUGGUGUUCGGUGUUUUGGCAGGUUGGGUUUUGAUGUGAACAAGGAUUUGAGGGGUUUGGGGUGUUGGAUGGAUUUUUUUGAUUUAUUUGUGUGGAGAUUUAUGUUUGGAGCUGCUGGGGAAAAACUAGUGAAAAUCCAUUGGAUAUUCGUUCAUUUUUUUCUCCAGUGUUUUUUGUUUUUUAACUUUACAAGAAAGAGAACUUCAUUUAUGUGAAAACGAUUUACAUGA